AUGCCUCGCAACAGAUCCGCCGGUCGCGCUCCCGCCCCUUCAAGGGCUCCCACCCGUCCCACGGUCCCUGCUUCAAACCCGAUGCCUCAACAGCAGCGUCCGGCGACCACCAUGGCCGGUCCUCAGCACGGUGCUCCUCAACAAAUGGCUCCCGCACCCGCUGCCUCCCAGGGCCCAGGACUGUUCGGCCAGAUGGCCAGCACUGCAGCUGGUGUUGCCAUCGGCUCGUCUGUCGGCCACGCCAUCGGUGGCUUCUUCUCCGGCGGCUCCUCCGAACCUGCUCCCCAGCCCGUACAAGCGCAGGCCACGCAACAGCAGCAGGAAUGGGGUAACAACUGCCAGGCCGCUACGCAGCAGUUCACCAAGUGCAUGGAUGAUAAUAGUGGCAAUAUGCAGAUCUGCAACUGGUACUUGGAGCAGUUGAAGGCUUGCCAGGCCGCUGCUAGCCAGUACUAA